UUUUUCUAUUUCAAAUACUUGGCGAAACUCGCAUUUCAGUACCAGAUUUGAACGUUACCAUCAUGAUAAUCGGCGGAAUUGCAGGGGCUGUCGUUUUUAUUGCUUUGGUGGUUGCUAUCGUGUGCAUGAAGCGAUCAAACAAAUUAUGUUUUAAACUCAAGACGAUUGAUAACACAGCAAAAGAAGAGAAUAUUUAUCUAAACGAUUUAGAUUCCCAUUAUGUGUUCAGACCUGGCAGUGUCAAGAUGACAGAAUUUCCGGCAUAUGUCGACCACAUGCACAAACAUAACAACCGUCUCUUUGGACAGGCGUAUGGGAUGCUGAAAGACAAAAGUCCAGAUCUUCCUAUAACAACCGCUUUAUCUCAAGACUGCCAACAAAAGAAUCGUUGUAUGGAUAGUUUACCUUUUGAUCAUUCACGGGUAAAGCUCCGCAAAGCAGACAAUAUUGAUGGAGCCGACUACAUCAACGCAAAUUACAUUCCGGGAUAUAAUUCUCGAGGAGAGUACAUCGCCACCCAGGGUCCGUUACGCACAACAUUUGACGACUUUUGGCGAAUGAUCUGGGAACAGAAGGUGGACAUUAUUGUAUUGCUGACAAACCUGGCGGAGAAUGGAACAUUACAGUGUGACAUGUAUUGGCCGGAAGACGAGCCAGUCUUUUACGGGAAUAUUCUUGUUUCAAAACAUUCCGAAAGAGACCUGUCGCUCUACAAACUGUGUAUCUUCGAAAUUAAACUGAACAAGGAGCACAGGCGUAUAAAGCAUUUCUGGUUCAAUAAAUGGUCAGACGCCGAGUGUCCGGAAAGGCCCGUAAUGUUCUUUGAUUUUGUUAAAGCAGUACAGAAAGCAAAGACACCGGCAGUUAAUGGUGGCCCUAGUGUUGUCCAUUGCAGCGAUGGCGUUGGGAGAACAGGAACUUAUAUCGCGGUAGAUCAUCUACUGCAGCAUAUCCGUGGCCACGACGACGUAGAUAUCUACCAACUUGUGUUGGACAUGCGUGAACACCGAUGCAACAUGGUGCAGACUGAGGCUCAAUUUGUUUUCAUAUAUGACUGCUUGAAAGCGUUCGUCAAAGUCGGUCAUGACAACGACGGACAUAUGUAUCAAAACACCCAACUUGGUACUGAACAAAUUGAGCACACGUACGAAGCUUUGAAUUUCAAAAGAAAAUAAUGUGAAUCAACGAUUGUUAGCUAUUUCACGACUUCAUAGAAAUGUAAUUUAACAAAAUACCAUCAGAGUGACUAAUACAAAUAUAUAUAGAUGUUUUUAAAAACAUAAGUUGUGCUAUCAUUACAAAAUACAUUUUGGUGUUAUUUCUAUGCGUCUAGAGCCUAGGUAGAUGUCAAUAAAAUUGUAUUGAUGUAACAUUUUAUUAUAUGCAUCAGUGUAUCUGUAUAUGAUUGCAAAACCACGUUUACACAAAAAUAUCCAAGAGGCCAUUAAACAUAUUCAAAUGGACCAAGAUUUACAAAAAUGACAAGCACAAUUUAAUAAGUAAAACAAAUGCAAACACUAUCCCCUUUUCAUAAAUAAUAUAGAAUCGGAAAGUACAUAACAAUUCGAAGAAGGUAUCAACAAACCUUAUUCAUUUCCGAACUGCUACCCACAAAUCAAAGAUUGCCUGACAUUCUUCAUAACGAAUGGUCCUGCCCUUUGAUAGGAUUCAAAUAAUAAUAAGAAGAAUUUCACUACGCCCUAGUGUGUCAACACUUCACGGAAAAAAGGCGCCAAUUGAUCCCGAGAGACUACUCCAUACGCCCAAAUAUGUCCAAAUGCAUCGAAUUAAUUGCAACAACAUUAACAUGACUAAACGCACAAUCUUGUUUACCCGCAAAAUUAUGAAUGCAUUCACAAGCCCACGCUAAUUCACUACUAAUCGUUGACACUGCAUCAAUUGGGUAAAUCGAUUGAUCUCAAAAUGAUCAUCACAGGCUGCAUACCACUCGUUCCCGACUCAAACAAUCCAAUUCGGUUGAAUUUAUCUCUUCAUGUCUAGGCUGCUAAGUAAUCCAAUAAACACCGGGUUUUUGUACAUGCAAUUUAA